CAGUUCUUGGUCUCACAGCCGACGCUCAUCCGCAAUUUGCUCUCCGAAAUUUUGACGCGACGCGAAUUAAUUGCAACGAAUUUUACAAACGAAACGCACAUGAAACUGCGCAGUUUCUGUUGCUGAAAAUGAGUACAAACCUAAAGAAUCUAAAAAUGGGCCACUUUGCCAGUGGUGGCGGUAGCGGCGGCGGCUUUGGCAUAUCAGCUGGCAAAUUGAUUGCGCCCCAUCACAACACGAACGGCUGCAUGGGCGGCAAUGCCGGCGGCAGUGGCAGUGGAGGAGGUGCCUCCACAACAAAUGCUGCUACUACCAGUACCAGCAGCAGCAGCAACAACGCGAGCAGCAGCGCCAGUGGCAGCGGCAACAAAUCGGCAUCAUCCCAUGGGUCAACGGAUGCGACGGAAGUGUUCGCAAUGCCCAGCGGCACAGUUAUACCGAUAAUACGAAGCCGAGAUGUGCCUAAGCAGCUGCCGACGCUGGCUGCUGCACUGCAGCGUGGGGCGGACGAGCAUUUGGCUGCGGAGGACUUGGAUGCCGUGCAGUUGGAACUGGAACUGAUGCUCUCGAAUGUGGCGCUGCGUGCUCGUGUCUUGAAAUCCGAAUAUGAUAGUUUGGACAAGGAUGAGAAGCGUCAAGAUCGCCGCAAAUUGGACCGGGUGCCGCCUGGCUCACCGCCAACGAACGGCCUGCUCAACGGCCUACUCGGCAUCAACAAUGCUGCGGGCAGCAGCAGCGGCGCAGGUGGUGGCGGAGGUGGUGUCGGCAGUCCGGCAACAGCUGCCAAGCGAAAAAUGCGAGAGGAGCCGACAGGCGUUCGCAAGAAACACUCCUCAAUGACGAUACUCAAGCAACAACAGCAGCAGGGGGGAGGGGGCAGCCUGGCCAAGCAGCUGGCCAAGAACAGUCCGCUCGCCGUGCACACCGAUGACAGCAGCAUGGACUACGUGUCGCUGCCCAAUAGUAACUCACAGCAGCAACAGCAGCUGCCACAGCAGCAACAUCAGUUGCCACAGCAGCAGCAGCAACAACAGUUGCCAAAGCUAGCGCUGCCCAAGAACGAUAUGCCCAAUAAAUUUUGGCUGUCGGUCGAGCCGUACUGUAUGCCAUUGACGAACGAGGAUCUGCGACUGAUCGACGAUCUGCUGGAACAAUAUCGGGGACCACUGGUGCCGCCGGUGCCCAGUUUGGGGCCGCACUACUCGACGGUGUGGGCGCAGGAGGAUAUGAAGGCGCUGCAGCCGGGAGGAGCGCGCCAGAAGUCACAAAAUGUGAGCGCGAUGUUGAAGAAGGCCGACAGCAUGCUGGAGGAGAGCAUAACGGGACCGUUGACACAGCGCCUGGUCUCCGCCCUGAUGGACGAAUCGCUGCCCAGCGAGGCGGCCGCCGUUGGCGAGCACAGCAGCAACAGCAGCAGCAACAACGAGAAUACCCAUUCCCAAUCACAAUCCUCGUCGACGCAGAGCAAUGGUGUGGGAUCGAAGGCAACUGUUGCUGCUGCUGCUGCCGCAUCGGGUAACUUUCGUUCGCUGUCGAUGCUGAAGCACGGCGUUGGCAUUGAGCAACGCCUGCGGAAGGAGCUGAUCGAGAGCGGACUGAUCGAGGCCAAUGAGCUGGCCAAGCACGAGGAUGUUGACGAGGUGCUGCUGGAAAUCAAACGGGUCACCGCCGAAAUUAGCGCUGUGGCCCAAUUUAAUAGCGAUGAACUGAAGCGUCUGCGCUCGGCGGCCAGCGACGAGAUCAAACGCAUCGAACUGAAACGCAAACUGGACACCAUCGACCAGGAGAUACUUGAGUGCUACAAGCGGAUGCUGCAGUAUCGGGCCAAGCGCAAGGGGCACACGGCCGAGGAGCGGCAGGAGAUCAUGCGGCUGACCAGCGAGCAGCGUGCUCUCGCCGAGCAACUGGAACGCAUGCAGCUGAUGGGCGCCGGCAAUUGCAAGUUGUAGGACAGGAGCCUGGCCUGGAGCUGGAGCCAAUUAAUGGCCCUGCAUCGGGCGACUCUGCUACUGCAGCAGUGGCAGCGUCACAGCGUUUGGAACGACAUCAGUUCCCAACUUCAAUGUGUAUAAAGAUGACAGAUGAUGACAGGCGACGAUGGCGUCGGUGGAAACGGGUCAAAAAUCAAAUCGAACGUUAACAGAAUUCACUGCUUAAACUAGCUUAAACUUUUCUAAUAAUAGAGCUGAGCGCGUCUCACUUUUCUCUUAUUAUGUUUUAUUUGUUGCACGAGACACAAAUUUAUUUUUAAUAAUUACAUGCCUUAUUUUUAUUACUUUUAUGUUUGUAUAAAGAUUAGAAGAUUACAUUAAUUGGCAGAUAACAGAAUACUGAUAAGAAAUGUAAAAAUUGAAAACGUUAUUUUAAAUUA